GGCCUCUGAACCUCCGCGGACACCCUAGCUUUCGGCUGCUGCUGCUCCCCUGGCGGCUUCCCUUAACCAAACCUCUUGCGGGUGGGUACGGCAGCUCUUUGGGGACAAAAGUCUUCCCUCUUCGUUGCGCUCUGCUUCGUACUUCGUAUUUUGGGCAAAUCUGAGAAGGCAGGUAUUAGCGCCUCCAUUGAGCUGCUACCAGAGAGGUAGGAGAAAGGCUGAGCCUGGCGCGGAGUGCGGGCUGACUGGGGCCUAGGCCCGCGAAACGCCGUCGCUGCCCGGAUGUUGCGAUGGCUGAUCGGGGGAGGCCGAGAACCUCAGGGACUGGCCGAGCAAUCUCCUUUACAAACAAUAGGUGAAGAACAAACCCAGAACCCCUACACUGAACUGCUUGUACUGAAAGCUCAUCAUGAUAUUGUACGGUUUCUGGUACAGUUAGAUGAUUACAGAUUUGCAUCUGCUGGUGAUGAUGGACUUGUAGUUGUGUGGAAUGCCCAGACAGGAGAAAAACUUUUGGAACUCAAUGGACACACUCAAAAGAUAACAGCUAUUAUUACAUUUCCUUCUUUGGAAGCUUGUGAAGAAAAAAAUCAACUGAUCUUGACAGCCUCUGCUGACAGAACAGUUAUUGUAUGGGACUGUGAUACUGGCAGACAAGUUCAGAAAGUGUCAUGCUUCCAGUCUACUGUAAAGUGUUUAGCUCUUCUUCAGAGACUAGAUGUUUGGCUUUCUGGUGGGAAUGACCUCUGUGUGUGGAACCGAAAAUUAGAUCUCCUGUGUAAGACUAGUCACCUUUCUGAUACAGGGAUCAGUGCUUUGAUUGAAAUACCUAAGAACUGUGUUGUGGCAGCAGUUGGCAAAGAACUGAUAAUUUUCAGGCUGGUAGCACCCACAGAGGGAUCACUAGGAUGGGAUAUUCUUCAAGUUAAGCGCCUCCUUGAUCACCAGGAUAAUAUUCUCUCACUGGUUAAUGUCAAUGAUUUGAGUUUUGUAACUGGCUCCCAUGUUGGAGAGCUCAUCAUCUGGGAUAUCCUGGACUGGACUGUGCAGGCCUGUGAACGCAACUUCUGGGACCCAUCUCCACAGCUGGACACUCAGCAAGAAAUAAAACUCUGUCAAAAGCCAAAUGACGUUUCUAUUCAUCAUUUCACAUGGGAUGAAGAGAAUGUAUUUGUUGCAGUUGGAAGGGGUUUAUACGUCUAUAACCUUCAAAUGAAGCGUGUGAUUGCCUGCCAGAAAACUGCACAUGACUCCAAUGUCCUGCACGUUGCCAAACUUCCAAACAGGCAGUUAAUCUCAUGCUCAGAAGAUGGAAGUGUACGCAUUUGGGAGUUACGAGAAAAACAGCAGCUUGCAGCUGAACCUGUACCAACAGGUUUUUUUAACAUGUGGGGAUUUGGAAGAGUAAAUAAACAAGCCAGCCACCCUGUUAAAAAACAACAAGAAAAUGCCACUUCAUGUUCACUAGAGCUUAUUGGCGAUUUAAUUGGACACUCAUCAUCUGUGGAGAUGUUUCUGUACUUUGAAGAUCAUGGACUAGUGACAUGUUCUGCUGAUCAUCUCAUUAUUUUGUGGAAAAAUGGAGAACGAGAAUCUGGAUUGCGCAGCUUAAAGUUAUUUCAAAAAUUAGAGGAGAAUGGUGACUUAUAUCUUGCUGUCUAGUUUAAGGAAUUUGAACACCUGUGCAUGAACCUUGAACAGCAAAUAUAGGGGUAAUACUCUGAAAACCAUUACCAUAUUAAUCACUUAAAUUUUGUAAUUUUUUUUUCUUGUUACUCCAUAAAAUUCCAAUUGUUUGAAUUCUUUUUUCUGGGGCUGCAAACCAGCAACAAGUUGCUUCUCAGGUAUUAGUACUUUCACCAAAGAAUAUAGCACAAGUUUUUCAUUUGACUUUUCACAUAACAGUUACCUGAAACCAUUGAAGGAAUGGGUCUAAUUUCAGCAGUGAAUUUUCAGAAAGUGAAGUUUUCAGAGUUCAUCACAUAUACCUGUUGAAGCAGAAUUAAAUUAUACCACAGUGUCCUCACAGAGAUAAAUUUUUUAUGCUUUGAAAAAACUCUACACCAGAAAUUAUAUGAGUUUAUGUUUAAUGAGGAGAAGAGUACUUGGAACCUCUCACUGUCUCUAAUGUAACUAUAUUGCCUCUAAUUAAAUUUUUAUUCAUCAAAAGGGA